AUGGUGCUGCCCAUCGCCAGCAGCAGCAUGGAGCUGCAGCAGGACAACGGGCUCUGUGUCCACAACAACAUCGGCGGCUGCCGGCUGAAGUACGAGGAGCCUCGGAGCCGGAGGAACUCCAUCCCCCCCGUGCAGACUCCCACCGCCAAGCACAUGCUUGCCUACCUGCCCCGGCCCCCGACGGACACCAGCAGAUAUGGCGCCUUCCCUCAGAAGCCUGAAAUGAUGGUCAUCCCCAUGGGCCUAUCAGAAGAGAGCCAACAGCAAACAGACCCUGCGGCUGAAAAGAAAAAUGCCCCGAUGUCAAACUUUGUCCCCCACUCCUGUGGCUCAAACAUCCCCAAUGACAGAUCAGUCCUUCAGAGGAGACUCAGUAUGGUGGAGCAGACCAGCACAGGUGCGGUGGUACCCGUGAAGCACCGGCCCAGCGUCUCCAUCAACACCGAAGAUUUGCCCAAGUACCGCCGGGCAUCGCGCAAUGAUCCCCUGCCUCCGCUCCGGGACAUCAACACCCGGUGGUACCCACGGCAUGCCCUCAGUGUGCCCAACAUCCCCAACUCAGCACGGAAAAAAACGCCCACCCGGAGCAUUGUCUCUGUGACCCCCUCAGAGAAACCUCAGAACCGGCGCUGCAAGCUCAUGGACGACGAUCGGCAGUUCAGCUCCGCCAGCAAGCAGCAGCGGCAGCGCUAUGUGACCAAAAUGGGCAAGUCCCAGGUGAAUCUGGGCCGCAUCCAGGAAAAGAAGAGGUUCCUGUCGGACAUUUUCACCACCAUUGUGGACCUCAAGUACCGCUGGUUCCUCUUUGUCUUCAUGAUGUGCUACAUCAUCACCUGGGUGGUCUUUGGCAUCAUCUACUUCUUCGAUGCCUGGAUUAGGGACGACGUCAACCACAUAGGAGACCCGGAGUGGAAGCCUUGCAUCGAGAAUGUGGACAAUUUCAUAUCUGCCUUACUUUUCUCCGUGGAAAGUCAAAGGACCAUUGGUUAUGGCUCCCGGAUUGUGACAGCCGAUUGCACCGAGGGCGUCAUUUUGCUGAUGGCCCAAUCCAUCGUUGGGUCCAUGAUAGAUGCCCUCAUGGUGGGAUGCAUGUUCGUCAAGAUCUCCAGGCCCAAGAAGCGCGCCCAGACCUUAAUAUUCAGCAAGAAGUGCGUUGUCUCCCACCGGGAUGAGAAACUCUGCCUGAUGUUCCGCAUUGGCGACCUCCGGGACAGCCACAUGGUGGAUGCGAAAAUAAGGGCCAAACUGAUCAAAUCCAGACAAACCAAGGAAGGGGAGUUCAUCCCCUUGGAGCAGUCGGAGCUGAACCUGGGCUAUGACACAGGGGAGGACAGGCUCUUCUUGGUGGAGCCGCAGAUCAUCUGCCAUGUCAUCAAUGACCACAGCCCCUUCUGGGAAAUGACAGCAGAGUCGCUGAAGAGGGAGCAGUUUGAGAUCAUUGUGAUCCUGGAGGGCAUCGUGGAAGCCACAGGAAUGACAUGUCAAGCCCGGACCUCUUACACAGAGGACGAGAUCCUUUGGGGAUAUCGGUUUGAGCCCUGCAUGACCCUGGAGAAAGGAGCCUUUCGAGUAGACUACAGCAGGUUUGAGAAGACAUUUGAGGUGCAGACCCCAGCAGCCAGCGCCAAGGAGAUAUACGAACUGAAGGAGAUGGAACGUCAGGACCAGUCCACCCUGAGCUUGUACUGGGACCACCUGGUGCAUCCCUGCUUCUCAGCCGAGCUGAAUGAUGUCUUGCAGGAUGAGGGUCCCAGUGAGGAAACCCUAGCCAGGCUGGGCAUCCCCAACAUCACGGAGGAGGAAACGAGUGCCGAGUUCCAGAACCAGAUCAGUCUCUGA